AUGAAUGAGCCAAACAUUGGUGCAUUGGCCUCUUAUGAUGUUGCUAUAUUCCCUCCUGGUCGUUGCUCGGAUCCAUUUGGAGUAACAAAGUGCACCUCUGGGGACUCUAGUGUGGAACCAUACAUGGCAGUUCAUAAUACCCUUUUGGCGCAUGCAUCGGUUGUCAGUCUGUACAGAAAAAAAUAUCAAGCCAUGCAAAAAGGAGCUGUUGGCAUAAGUAUUUACUCUUUCUGGAGUUAUCCAUUGACAAAUUCCACUGUGGAUUUAGAAGCAACUAGGAGAUGUAUAGAUUUCUACUUCGGCUGGAUACUAGAUCCGUUGGUGUUUGGGGACUACCCGCAAGUAAUGAAGAAGAAUGUUGGCUCUCGCCUUCCACCCUUCACGGAAGUUCAGUCUGAACUUAUCAAGGGUUCUUUAGAUUUUAUUGGAAUAAAUCACUACUACUCUCUGUACGUGAAUGAUCGCCCUCUGGAAACAGGCGUUCAAGACUACAAAGCAGACAUAUCAGUUAGUUUAAGGGGUUCUAGGAUAGAUCCACCAUCUAGUCAGGGCUUCCCAGUAAAUGUUCCAAGUGAUCCCAAAGGGCUGCAGCUUCAACUGGAGUACCUGAAAGAAACCUACGGAAACCUUCCGGUCUAUGUCCAGGAGAAUGGUAUGGGUUCUGCCGACGACAGCCUAGAUGACACGGACAGGGUCGGUUACCUGAGCAGCUACAUGGAAAGCACACUAAACGCAAUGAGGAACGGGGCGGACGUGAGAGGGUACUUCGCGUGGGCAUUCAUGGACCUGUUCGAACUCCUGUCCGGGUACCAGUUGAGGUAUGGGCUGUACCGCGUCGACUUUGCCAACGGGAGGCGGCCGCGGCAGGCCAGGCUCUCGGCUCGCUGGUACUCCGGCUUCCUCAAGCACAACGGAACCUCUGCGCUCGCGCCGAGAACGACGCAGAUGAACCAGGCGCUGAACUUGUUGUCCUGA